AACAAAAAGUAACUUUGAGAUGGGGAAAGGGAAGCGAUACUGGCUACUGAAAACAGAGCCAAGCGAGUGGUCAUGGUCAGACCAAGAAGCCAACGGCGGCGUGAGCAAAUGGGACGGGGUGAAGAACAAACAAGCCCAGAAGAAUCUCAGAUCCAUGACUUUAGGCGACCUCUGUUUCUUCUACCACUCCGGUGCGAAAUCAAGGUGCGUCGUGGGUGUGGUGGAGGUGGCUCGCGAAUGGUACGAAGAUGAUGACGAAGGAGAAGGAGCGGUCGACGUGAAAGCUGUCGGAGAGAUGAGGAGGUUUGUUGAUUUGAAGGAGAUGAAAGGAGACAAAGGGAUUAAGGAUUUCGUUUUGUUCAGACAGCCGAGGUUGUCUGUUGUUCCGGUGGAAGUUGAUGUUUGGGAAAAGAUUUGUGAAUUGGGAGAUGGGUUUUCUGGAGAUGGUAAAGAAGAUCGUGAAAGCAGCAGCAGCGACGAAUCUUGAGUUGUUUAUUCUGGUUUAGGUUUUGAGAUUAGUCUGAGUAUUGAUCUGUCAAGAGUCUAGUCACCACGCCAUUGAUGUUCUUCUAUGUGUUUAUUUUUAUUUCUAACGGCAUAAAGUCGUGUAUUGUUAACUUAAUUAUGGUCUUAGGGUUAUGAUAAAUUUAAAAAAAUUAAAAUG